ACUAAAUAAUUGGCAAUAUAUCACCUUCUACGGAGACAUGGACAACUCUUCCGAGUCAAAUGAUUCAACCAGCGGCCAAAAUAAUCGUCCCUCUCUGUCAGCCCCUUCGUCAUCCAUGACCACAUCCGCACAUGACGACCGCACUGCAAGUAAUAAUGUUCACCAACCACUAAUCAACAACCCCUUCUUGCCCCCUCUGCUUGUCCCUCCCCCACAGAUCACCCCCGAAGCAUACAACUACCUUAUCCACGCUUUGCUCGCGUUGCAGCGUUCAGCAGGACAUCAGCAUCCCCUGCCUCUGGGUCAGCAGCACACACAGGGUUUAUCACCUACUUAUGAGUGGCCGCCAUCGAAUAAUACCCCUUCUGUGACAAGCAUGGCUGGACAGCCCCCGGGGUACUCACAGGUGUAUCAUCAUAAUGCGAUGCCUUCGUUUCAGAACUCGCCUCCGCAACCGAUCGAAGCCUCGUCGUCGUUCGCGACAACAUCGCAAUCGGUAGUAGCGCCCACCCAUGUGGUGGAAACCGAGCAGACAGACGAGGCCAUAUCGACCGCAGAGGACAAGCGACGUAGAAACACCGCGGCAUCAGCCCGCUUCAGGGUUAAGAAGAAAAUGAGGACGCUUAAUCUUGAGCGUACCGUUGCUGAUCUAACUGGUCGUACAGAAGAACUUGAGCGGGAGGCUGCAGAUCUGAGACGGGAAAACGGGUGGUUAAAGGAGAUAAUCUUGCUCAAGAGUCGGAGUAUCGGUGGGCUUGGUCCGACCGAGUCCCAGCCAGUAGGGUCAGCUAGCAUUCGGGAAUCGCAGCAAGGCAAUGUCGAUGGCAGUCCGUCCAUCGAGAGGAGAAGCAGUCAGAAGGGUAAGGGUAAAGACAGUGGUUGAUGGGAGAGAGCAGUCACUCCCUUCGAGGAGAGUCCGCAAUUUAUAUGGCAGGGACCACCGUCCUAUUAGCACCAUUUGGAUAAACAUGUAAUAGAUAUUUUGUAUAGGUGGGUGAGCCCGACGCUGACAGCCAAAAUUAUUCUAUGUGUAACGAAAUCAAGGAACUAAACCUUCUGGGCACUAAUUAACACUCGCAAGAGGCCGUCCACUCGUCUCUACAGUAUUAGUAACUCUCGAACGUGGAUGUAAGGACUUGGCU